UUUCUUUUUAAACCCAGGGAAUGUACAUCAAGUCGACUUAUGAUGGGUUGCAUGUCAUCACUGGAACCACAGAACAUUCGCCUGCAGACCUGACGAGGAAGAUCCACGCUGGGGACGAGGUGAUCCAGGUUAACCAUCAGACUGUGGUGGGCUGGCAGCUGAAAAACCUGGUUUUUAAACUGAGGGAGGACCCUAAAGGUGUGGUUCUACUCCUGAAGAAGAGGCCCACGGGCACAACAGGUUUCACCCCCGCCCCACUGAAGAACAUGCGCUGGAAGCCCCCAGUACCUCAGAAUAAUUCGUCCCUCGUUAGAACCCAGUCUCCUUCCAGUUCAGCUAACGGAUCAACCAAAAAGGAGAAGCCGGCUAUCCUGGACUUGUACAUCCCGCCUCCUCCUCUAAUGCCGUACACGCCGCGAGAGGCGAGAACAGACGCCUUCUCCAGCAUCAGUAAAAGACCAAAGGGCUCCGAGUCACCCAACUCCUUCCUGGACAAGGAGAGGAGAGGACACUGCACCGAGUUUGACAAGCAAAGCGCCGGCUGUCCCAUCGAAGCCAAGGUGGUGCAGCCCAGAAUGAGGGAGCAUAAACCCUCGCGUGGUAAGCCCCGGCCGCUGUCCAUGCCUGCAGACACCUGUCUGUCAGUGGUUGAUCCUUACGCGAAGCCCUGGGCGCAGGGAAGGAAAGGUGAGGACCUCCUGUACAGAUACCUGAGCAACGAGAGGAUCCCCACCAUUGCCGAGGAGGUCCCCUCGGUGUCUCCACCCUACAGGCCUGCAGGGGAACGGCAUCUCAUCCGAGUGGACCACAUCCGGGGCAGCCGCUACUACUCCAACUCAGACCUCCACAACAGUGCCACCAUCCCCUACCAGGAAGACACGAAAAAGGCUCCGGUAGCUCCCGUCUCCAAGCGCACGACGGCAGAACGCUCACUACUGGGAUCCAGCUGGCACUCUAGCAGUGACUUCCUCAACCGGUAUAAUCAUCCACAUUUACGAUCGUGGUCCUUUUCUCAAGCUGCUGCCUUCCCCAUAUCUGUGACUCCUUCAAUGGCUGCCGAUGACUACAACCCUGUCUCCCUCCGACACAAAUCCAAGAAGAAGAGCCGAGGAGGCAAUGGUACGAUGAGCAGAAGACGGAUCUCGGUCAAAGAGCUCGGCCAGCCAGACCACCAGGGCUGGCUGUACAGGAAGAAAGAAAGCAAAGGCUUUCUGGGUAUGAAAUGGAAGAAGUACUGGUUUGUGCUGAAGAAGACUGCUCUCUACUGGUAUACCAACCAGCUGGCAGAGAAAGCUGAAGGCUACAUCGACCUCACAAACUUCAUGAUCGACAGAGCCAUCGAGUGCAAGAAGAAAUAUGCAUUCAAAGCUUGUCACCCGCAAGUUAUGAUGUUUUAUUUUGCUGCCGAGAGCUACGAGGACAUGAACUUGUGGGUGAAUAAGCUUGGGCUGGCCUCCAUUCAGUAUGAACAAACAGAAGUAAACGCUUCAGCCGAGUGUUAUAGUGAAGCCAGUGAUCACGAAGAAGCUGAAACCACAGAGAUACCCCCUCCACCGUACUCUGAACAGACGCUGCGGGACUCCUCGAAUGCCUCCGGUCUGCCUGGUAGCACACAUCAGGGUACCCUCCCUCCACCUUACUCCUCUGCAGUCCCCAGCGAAGCUAACGGUUCGCUCUCCUCACCUGUCAGUACGAUGACAUCUCAGAGCUCCGCCUCUUCGCUCACCAAGCAGAGACAGUCCUGGUUGGACCUCGUCUCGCAGGCAGCUCCUUCUGCUGGGGAAACAGCAGUGGUGUGCUCAGCCCAGGUCCACUCGCAUCAGCCUCCACAAAAGGAGACGGCAGAGGAAACGAGGCUGGAGAACGUGGCCACCCAGGACUCCUCGGGCACUGAAUCUAAUGAGGAAACGCCUUCAGCUGAGGGGGAAGAUCAGAGGGGAGUUUUAAGGACGCAAAAUAAAGGCAAUCAUGAGAACGGCUCCGAUGAGAUGGAGAAGCUGUAUAUUCAUCUGAAGGAGGCCAGUCUGUCGCCGAUAGGAGAACGUAAACCAUCCACGAAAAAGGAAUUUAGGACCUCCUUCGUAAGACGCUGCAAAAACCAGGCUGUCAAUGACAAGCUGCACCUUAUCAGGACACUCAACAGCACAUUAAAGGCAAAAGAGGCGGACUUGCAGGCAAUCGAACAGAUCCUGUCUGACCCGGAGCUUACCUCAGACAAGUUCAGAGAGUGGAAGGAGGCCAACGGACCUUUGGUGCAGGAUAUCUGUGUCGCGCACAUCCAGCAGGUGGCGUCAGAGGCCGCAAAGGCUGAAGCGUCGGUCAUAGCCGCUCCUGUGGUAGAGACCAGUUUAUAAAGACUCUUCAUGACUUUUUAUGGUGUUCGGACUCUGAGGACCUCACAGUCACAUACAUCAAAUACACACACUUACACUUACACACACACACACACACACACACACACACACACACUGCUGUUGGUUAUUCACUUGAGAACUCUGUUUCAAGUUCUUUUCAACUAGUAGCUGGAUGAAUGAACUGUUGUUUUUAGUUCCACGUGGAGACGGUGUAUGAUAAGCAGCACACAUUAAAAUGUGAAAUGUGUCGUAGUAUUAUUUUUAUUGUUUAAUUUGUAGGUUUAGCGAUUUUUACAGCUGUUUGUUUUUAUAAUUUGAUGAACCUAUGCAUAAACUGUAUAUUUGGAACGGUGGAGUGCAUGGAAAUAAUGUCUCCGUUGUUCUCUGCAUGGAAACACUUUGAAUUUAUCUGUAGUGAAUUGUGUUGUUUUUAAACUAUUCACAGUCAGUUAUUGGUGCCAUGCACCUUCAGUGCCUGUUACACAUGUGUUACAGAAGCUUUUUCAAUAAUGCGUGUAUGUCGUCGCCCUAGAAAUACUAUAUUCAUGCUUAUUAGGAAGACUUUGCUGACUGAACACUAGGGCCUGCACUAACAGAAUAAAUGUUGGUCUCAAAUCAGAAUUUCUUCUUUUUUUAAUACUCAAAAGUGUCAAAUUCAUGUGACUGUAAUGUAAUUUACUGCUGAAAUGUAGCGAUCGCCUCGUUUUUUGUGGAAGAUUUUUUUUAAUCUUCUAAACCAAAACAAACUUUUUAAAUUAUUUCAGCUACACUGAUUAUUUUUGUCAUUUCUGCCCAUGAACAUUGACAGUAUGAGACAAAAUCUUGUCUAAAAUGUGACAGACUUUAUAACUGAUAACAUCUGUGCAUACAGUAUAUUGAAGUAAAGUGGGGAUUUAGCAGUAUUAAGGAUAACUCUCAGGAAGACUCUCCUGGAAUCAUACAAACGAGUCUGAAAGACCUGGUACAAGUUAGAUAAGUGGAUGGUUAUAAAUAAAUUCAGACAUUAUGUGACUGCACAGUAGGUUUGGACACCUCAGGCCGAACAGGAUUUUAAUAUAUGACAGGACCUACCAGAAUAUAGAGGCAUUUCCCCCUUAUGUUUCAUCUGUUGUAUAAGUUAAAAAAAAAUGUCAAUAAUUGUGAAGGGAUGUGUGAUGUUUGUUCUUAAUUCUGGAAUGAAAGUGUUUGUUUGUAUACAGGGAAAUAAAGUCAGAAAAGUGAA